AUCAGUCAGUCGAAGUAGGUCGGCCGGGGAGAGAGAUAGAGGCAGCGUCGGCGGCCAUUUUGUGACUCUAGAGGCGCCUGUUUUGCCUUUCCCCGGAGCGCCUCGUAGGCGCAUAGCAGCAGAGGCCGAAGCCAAGGGCGUGUUGGGCUUUACCUGAGGGAGGAAGGGAAGCGAGGGGAGUGGGCGAGAGGGGGGCCUGAGGACCCGGAUGUAAGUAGGCCGCAGGGAGACCCAGAAGGAGGAGGCGAGGAAAUCAGGGAAGCAUAGGGUUUUGGGAGGGGGGCGGUCCUUAAAGCUGGCCCUGGAGGCCGCCACGCUAUUAGGGAAGGAGCAAGAAGGGCCUAACCAGGGAGAGCAGCAUUUAAAAUAGUGGCUGGCUGUUGAACACCACCUUCAAGCCUAGAAGCCACUCAAGGUUUGGAAGGGAGUCUAAGGGAAGGAAGGAAGGCCACACAUUGGCUCAGGCCCGAGACGUCAUUUUAAGGGGGUGACUGCGCUGCCACUUUGGAGUGAGAUGUGCCUCUAGCCUGGCUAACUUCCUUUGUUUGGCCUCUCCACUCGCGGAAGAAGAAGAAGAAAGACCGACUCGGAAGCCCCUUCGCCGUCUGGGAUUCGGUCCCGUUUUGCCGACACGGAGGAUGACGGCCAAUAUUGGCGACCAGCGAGCGCCCCAGGAAUGGGGAAACCAGUAUAACCUGGGCAACGGAAACAGUAGAGAGAACGGAAUGGAAGGCCCAAUGCAUGAAAACCCUGAGUGGGAGAAGGCCCGUCAAGCACUGGCUAGCAUUAGCAAAAAUAGUGCUGCUGCUGCCUCUGGCAACAGUAAACCUGCCACCAAUGGGCAGGCUAAUGCACAGUACUCAGCCCAGCAAGGGGAAUCUCUACAGCAGCAGCAACAGUACUACCAGUGGUAUCAACAGUACAGCUACCUCUACCCAUAUAAUUACUAUUAUCCUAUGAAUGUCUACCCUGGGUAUGGUUCCCCUGGACAGUAUGGUGUCCCUGGUUCUUAUUCAUCGGGAACACCGCAGCAGCCGCAACCUCCUGGACAACACCAAGGGAACAUGAACCAGCCUCCUGUUCCAGGUAUGGAAGAUGGAGGGAUGCCAUAUCCAAGCCAGCAGCAACAAAUGCAAGUUCCAAACCCUCCACAUUCCCCUAUGCAACACCCUGGCCAUCCCUCACAGCAUAACAGCCAUCCCAUGGGUUCUUCAGGUCAGCAGCAACAGCAAGGUGGGCCUCCUGGAGGGCUGCAUUCCCAACAAAACCAGUCAAAUGCCUCCUAUAACCAGCAGCAGCAUUCCUACCAGGAGGCACCAAAGCCCAAAAAGGGACAGCAGCUUUGGAACCGCAUGAAACAAGCCCCUGGGUCUGGUGGGCUGAAAUUCAAUCUGCCCAAACGCCCUUUUGUAGUAACAAAUCAGAACUUCAGCAGUUCAGAGCAGCAGCAACAACAGCAGCAUGGCAACUUUGGUUCCCAGCAGAAUCCUGAAAAACGCCACAAUCACAGUUCUUCAACAGGUAAGCCAGAAGAUUGGCCUCAAGAUAUGAAAGAGUAUGUCCAGCGCUGUUUCACAGCCUGUGAGUCAGAAGAGGACAAAGACCGCACUGAGAAGCUGCUGAAGGAAGUUCUGCAGGCCAGGUUGCAAGAUGGCACUGCCUACACAAUUGACUGGAGCAGAGAGCCACUUCCAGGCCUGGACAGGGACAACAUGGUUGAAAGCCCCAAGAAGAAACAGCAACAUUGGGAAGUGUCUUCUCUCCACUCUCCACGUUCCUCUAUGCAGUCUACACUUUCACAGCAGCAGCAGAGGACUAGUGGCAACUCUCAGCUUCAACGUGGGGGAGGUAGUGGUGGAGGUGGGACUGGUCGGAUUCGUGGCAAUGGCUUUCCCACCAAGUUUGGAAAUCGCAAUGUCUUCAUGAAGGAGAAUAGCUCAUCCUCAAGUGUUGAUUCACGUUCCAGGUCACGGUCCUCAUCACGGUCUCCCAGCCGGCACUUUCGAAGGAGCGAUUCGGAUACAGACAGUUCCUAUUCAGGCAAUGAAUGUCGCUUGGGUAACCGCAGGAAUACACAGAAGAACCGGGGCCGUGGGGGGCACCUGGAUAGAGGCCGGAUGAGAGCCCAGCGAGGAAAGAGGCAUGAUCAGGGGCCUUCCAAACGCAACCGGAAGCGUAGCACAAUGGACUAUGAAGAUCCUGAAAAGGAGUUCAAGAAAGAGCGACGAGCAGCCCGUUUCCAGCAUGGUGCCCAUUCCAAAAAGCUGCGACUGGAGCCCCUUAUCCUUCAGAUCAACAGCCUUGAUACCACUGGCUCUGAUGGGUUUGACUGGAAUGAGCUGAAGAUAGUGGGUACCUGCCAGGAAAUAACAAAACAUUAUCUGCGUCUUACUUGUGCUCCAGACCCCUCUACUGUCCGGCCUCUCUCAGUACUUAAAAAAUCCUUAGCUAUGGUGAAAUCACACUGGAAAGAGAAGCAGGAUUAUGCCUAUGCUUGUGAACAAAUGAAAUCCAUCCGGCAAGAUCUCACGGUUCAGGGAAUCCGUACAGAAUUCACUGUGGAGGUCUAUGAAACACACGCCAGGAUAGCACUGGAGAAGGGUGACCACGAGGAGUUUAACCAAUGCCAGACACAGCUGAAGUCUCUUUAUGCAGAGAACCUGCCUGGAAAUGUUGGAGAAUUCACAGCUUACCGAAUCCUCUAUUAUAUUUUCACCAAGAACUCAGGGGAUAUCACAACAGAGUUAGCGUACUUGACAAAAGAGUUGAAAGCAGAUCCCUCUGUGGCACAUGCACUUGCCUUGCGCGCUGCCUGGGCCCUGUCCAAUUACCACCGGUUUUUCUGCCUGUAUCGCCAAGCGCCCUGCAUGUCCGGCUACCUCAUUGACAAGUUUGCCGAAAGGGAGAGGAAAACAGCCCUUAAAGCCAUGAUCAAAACUUUCCGCCCGGUGCUUCCUGUGUCCUACGUUGUGUCAGAGCUGGCCUUCGAGAGCGAGGAGGAGUGCCAGGCCUUCCUCGCAGCUCUGUCCCUUGUGUAUACUAGCCCUGACGCCACCAAGAUUGACUGCAAGCAGAGCUUGGCGGUCCUCGCCAAUUUCUGAAAGUGUAAAUCUCCCCCUGCCCUGCCCUGUUUUAACAUGUACAUAUAUAUAUAUAUGAGUCUUUUUGUGUGUAUAUAUGUAUAUAAAACCAAAUUCAGUUAGACGCCAUGGGCAUUUUGGAGCCUAGCUCUAGCAUCUCUCCUGCUGUCCACACCGCACACGGAUAGAAGAGGGUAAGAUCCAUGGACAUCGGAUGGCAUCUAGGACUGCGAGAGAUGGAGAAGAGCAGAGUUUGGUUUAACUGUUGUAUUUUUUAUUUUAUUUUUUUGCCAGCAGUAGGGUAGGGAGGUGUGGGGGAAUUCUUUGCACUUGAAGUUUAAGAUCAUCUGUGGUGGCGUUUUUCUUCUCCUCGUGUCAAGAUGCAUGAGAGAACAUAGCUACACACACGCAUACCCUCGUCAUCUGUUGGUCAGAAAUUGCUGAGAUGAAGGGUUGGGCAAAGGAAAAGGGAUCUGUAAGACAAAUUCUUGAGCCGUACGGAUUUAAUAGCUCUUUGUGUUACCAUCCUUUCCAUCCCCAUGAGAGUGUUCAGGGAGCUAGAAUGUUUACUCUGUAAGACACAGGGGAAUCCUUUCAUCUAAUUUCUCUCUAAAACCACAUCAGUAUCCUUGCAGAGCCAUAUUUACAUCAAGAUUCCACCUGGCAAACCUCUCAGAAAGCAGCGGUACUUGAGAGCAAAUGGUUCCUUUGUGUAAAUAUGUGGAAUAUGAUUUUGUACAGAAGCACCAAGUUGUAAAUAAUACUAGAAAAACUGUUGUUUUCUAAAGGGAAAAAAAACCUUUUCUACUUUUAUAAUGAUGAGUUUAACAGAUGGUUUUCUCUGAAGACGAAAAAUCCAGGUUGUGUUUGUACGCAUUUUGUGUUCUCCAUUGUGCUUCUCAGAAACUAACACUGUCUCAGUUUUUUCCUCUUCCGAGCUAUGGCCUGGUUCCGAAAAACCAUGAGAGAGAUGCCACCUCUCCAGUCAAAAAAAAAAACCAGCCUGAGGAGGAAGAGCAAAGCAAAAUCUGCCUUCAUGCCUUUCCUACCAGUUCAAAGACUUUUUCCUAUGCAGCAGAGAAUGUAAAAGACUUUUCAAUGCAACCCCAUGUGGAUGUGGCAACGUGCAGUGAAGAGAAGCACAUCAAGGCAAUAAGCUACAGCUGUUGAAUCAGAGCCGCACACAAGAUGGUCCUCGCAACCUUCUCCUUUGCUAUUGUGUUCUGGAGUUGUCAUGCUAAGUUAAAUUUAUUUAUUUUUUUCCUCCCUCUGUCCUCAGUUCUAUACAGGUAAACUCAGAAAAUGCACCACCCCAUUUUCACCUCCUUUCGUCACAUUGUUUUCAGUUUUGUUUUAAAGUUUUGGAAGAUUGUCCAGUUGUCUCCUUUUCCUUUUUCUCUUUCCUGCCCCCAUUCUUUCCCACCCUUAGUUUCUCUAGCUAAUCCCUUCCCUUCUUUCUUUCUCUCUCUCUCUCUCUCUCUCCUUUGCUCUUACUCCUUCUUUCUAUUUUUGUUUUUAAACAUGUGUAAUUUUGGGAUGUUUUGGCUUGGGCUGGAUUUUUCAAAGUUUCCUUUUUCCUUUUCAGAAACCUCUGAAUUUUUUCCCCAUUUGAUUAAAUUAAAAAAAAAAAUCAGUGACAUCUUCUCUGGUGUGAUGCUUUUGAAGGUUUAGCUGUUUUUAGCAUUAUGGUUAUAACAGUUCAGAUUCUCCAGAUAAAAGGAAAACGAAAAAGGGAGUUCAAGAUACAUUUGUAGUUGCAGGACUGUGUAGUCCAAGUAAUUAUAACAUUGCUACAGGUGAUCUGAGCAAUACAUACCUCAAUAAGAAGGUCUAAAUCAGGGGUUUCCAACCUUUUUGACUUACAGUGCCUUUUUAGAAUCAAUUUCUAUGGUGGAGCCCCAAAAAGCCCUACUCUAUGUCUUGGAAGUUAAUGGCGUUUAGGAGUAGUGUUAUUUGGUGGAGGUAGGGUUAGGUGUAAGUGAACAUGGAGCGAUAAGGGCUCCUCGGAGCACAGGUUGGGAACCACUGGUCUAAAAUAAUUCAGUCACUGAUUUUAUUGCUUUUUAAGUGAGCUAAGCAGGAUUUUGCACUGAAGGAGGAGGAGCCACCUUGGUGUUUCACAGGAAAUAGAACUUGGUUUCUUCCUCAGGUCAAGAACUAGUACUCUGAUUGUGCAGUUAAAAUAAAAUCGGGAGUGUUUUAUCUAGCGCCUUAAACCUAGCCUCUCUGUUUGUUAUGCCCUCAUU